AUGUCCAUGUUACGAAGAUUUUCUACGAACUUCAAGAAGAGCAAGGCCGACAAGGCCGACAAGACUGAGAAGGCCGAUCGCGAGUCGAAGCCCAAUAGCUCGAAUGCGAACGGCACCACUGCGACCAGCACCAGUACCAAGCGCCAAUCGAAGCCUCCUGCUCCGCGCAGGUCAUCUUCAGAUAGCGGCCAUGGCGGCGACAACGAAGAUACUCCCGCCGUUUUCGAGAAGUAUGCCCAAGUGCUUCACGCUUCUUCGCGCCCAAUUCCCCACCAGGGAGGAGAGGCUGCAUAUCUCGAGAAAGAGCACCCGUCCAGCUUGUUCAACGAUCUGAGAUCUCUUGGUUUCAAGGACUUUUCUUCGCUAAAAGAUGUCAUCAAGACUAAGAUCAAUGGAGAGCUCACGGACGACAAGACCAUGAUCAUGGAGCGGAUUAUUCAGAUCGUUAGCAGUCUUCCCUCAAACUCGAAGAUGCGCGUCGACUUGACAAACAUAUUCCUGGACGAACUAUGGGGUUCAUUACCGCACCCUCCACUCUCGUACAUGGGAAGUGACUAUGCCUACCGUUCCGCAGACGGUUCGAACAACAACCCUACCCUUCCGUGGCUCGGGGCCGCCAACACGGCCUAUUCGCGGUCCAUUGCCCCUCUGACCGUUCAGCCUGGCGGGCUUCCUGAUGCUGGCUUGGUCUUCGAUACCCUUUUUGCUCGACAGAAGUUCACCCCGCACCCAAACAAAGUGUCUAGUCUCUUCUUCGACUGGGCGUCUCUUAUUAUUCACGAUAUCUUCCAGACCGACUACAGAGACGACACGAAGAACAAGACCUCUGCGUACCUUGACCUUGCCAUUCUGUAUGGUGACGUGAAGGAAGAGCAGGACCUCGUCCGUACGCACAAAGAUGGAAAGCUCAAGCCUGAUGCGUUUUCCGAGCCGCGACUGCAGGCGUUCCCCGCGGCUUGUUGUGUUCUUCUGGUCAUGCUGAACAGAUUCCACAACUAUGUCGUUGAAGAGCUCGCGGCCAUUAAUGAGAACGGCCGCUUCACCAAGCCUAACCCCAAUCUCCCGGAAGAACAGGCACAGAAAGCUUGGGCCAAAUAUGACGAGGAUCUUUUCCAAACUGGCCGACUCGUCACCUGCGGUCUGUUCAUCAAUAUCACUCUGUACGAUUACCUCCGCACAAUCGUCAACUUGAACCGAGUGAACAGCACCUGGUGCUUGGAUCCCAGAGCCCAGAUGGAAAGCGGAACCACCCCUGCUGGUCUCGGAAACCAGUGCUCUGUCGAGUUCAACCUUGCUUACCGCUGGCACUCUGCUAUCAGUGCGAAUGAUGAGAAAUGGACCGAGAAGGUCUACGAAGAGCUGAUUGGCAAGCCUGGCGAGGAGAUUUCCACCCAAGAGCUUCUGAUGGGUCUGGGCAAAUACGGUGCCAGCCUUCCUAAGGAUCCCUCCAAGCGAACCUUUGCUGGGCUUCAACGUCAGGAAGAUGGUACAUUCAAGGACGAGGAGCUGAUCAACAUCUUGACUCUUGCCAUUGAAGACGUUGCCGGUUCAUUUGGUGCACGGAAUGUGCCCAAGGUUCUCAAGGCGGUUGAAGUCCUUGGAAUUGAGCAGGGGCGCAAGUGGAACGUCGGCUCUCUCAAUGAGUUCCGAAAGUUCUUUGGGCUCAAGGGAUACGAUACCUUCGAGGAAAUCAACUCCGACCCGGAGGUUGCCGAAGCCCUGAAAAGCUUGUACGGUCACCCCGACUAUGUGGAGCUCUACCCUGGUAUUGUCUCAGAGGAGGCCAAGGAGCCUAUGGUACCUGGUGUCGGUAUUGCUCCUACCUACACGAUUUCCCGUGCUGUCCUUUCUGACGCCGUCGCGCUCGUGCGUGGUGACCGGCACUACACUAUCGAUUACAACCCAAGGAACUUGACCAAUUGGGGUUAUAACGAGGUCCGCUACGAUCUCAACAUCAACCAGGGAUGUGUGUUUUACAAGCUCGCCACUCGCGCCUUCCCGAACUGGUUCAAGCCCGACUCUAUCUACGCUCACUACCCGAUGACCAUCCCCAGUGAAAACAAAGUCAUCAUGAAGGACCUCGGUAGAGAGUCUCACUACUCAUGGGACCGCCCGCAGUUCACGCCUCCCCAGAUCAACUUGACCUCCUAUGCCAAUGUCAAGCUCGUCCUUGACCAGCAGAAAGACUUCCGCGUUGUUUGGGGCGACUGCACCCCUCUCCGCUCUGGUAAGGGUGGUGAGGAUUUCUGGAGCAACGCUCUGGGCAAUGAUCAGUGGAAGAAGAACAUCAAGGAGUUCUAUGAGAACACGACCCUGGAGCUGCUUGCCGAGAAGUCUACCAACCUUGCAGGGCGCAAGCAGGUUGAUAUCGUCAAAGACGUUGGCAACCUGGUCCCCGCACGCUUUGCUUCAAAGCUUCUCUCCCUCCCUUUGAAGACAAAGGAGAACUCGAAGGGUGUCUUGAGCGACUACGAGAUCUUCAUGGCUCUGGCGGUCAUCUAUACUGCCAUCUUCUUCGAUGUGGACUCGAGCAAGUCGUUCCCUCUUCGCCAUGCUGCAAACGCUGUCUCGCAGCUGCUGGGCAGCUCUGUUGAGAGCCAUGUCAAGUCCAUAAGCUCCCCCGGCUUCCUUUCUAGAGUUAUUGACAACUUCCGUGAUGACCACAACGCUCUUCAGGAGCUCGGCGAUCAGCUCAUUAAGCGUCUGGUGGAGAGCGGCCUCAGUGUUUCCGACAUCACAUGGGGUGAGAUCCUGCCAACGGCAGUGGAACUUGUUCACGGCCAGGCACAGAUGUUCACCCGGGUCAUUGACUACUAUAUCAACGAGGGCAAACAACAUCUGCCCGAGAUCAACCUUCUCGCCAAGCAGGACACACCCGAAUCCGAUGCGAAGUUGACCCGCUACGCUCUUGAGGCUAUCCGCCUAAACGCCGGCAGCGGAGCCUUCCGCAAGGCGGAGACCGACCUCUACGUGAAGGAGAACGGCAACGACAUCAACAUUAAGCCUGGCGAUGAGGUCUUUAUUGGCUCGACACAAGCCAACCGUGACCCCUCGGUCUUCCCUGACCCUGAUGAGGUGCGCCUCGACCGACCAGACGAGUCCUACCUUAACUACGGUAUUGGCUCUCAGAUUGGUCUCGGUAAGGAAGCGACCCUUACUGCAGUCACUGCCAUGGUGCGCGCAGUCGCCCGCCUGGACAACCUCCGUCCGGCCCCUGGUGCUCAGGGUGUUCUGAAGAAGGUCACCCGCCCUGCUGGUUACACCGUGUAUCUGCGUGAGGACCACGGCGCCUAUUCUCCUUUCCCGACGACAUUCCGCAUCCAUUUUGACGGACAAGUCCCUACCCCCAAGAAGCAGGUUACUUCUUGA